CUUAGUGAUGAUCCCCAAAGUAAAAGUUCCUGCCAACUUUGGUAGAGAAUUUAUCAACUCCCCAGUACAUGGUAACCUGGUGCUGAAUCUGAAAGAUGGAUCAGUGUUGAGGGUAAACUCGGUCAUAAUGUCCCUCAAUAGUCCGGUUAUUAGAAACAUCACCACCAAUCUUUGUCAGUCUUCCCUUGAGAUGGAUGACUUUAGUGUUGAAGCAGUACAUUGUUUUGUGGAUGCAAUGUACUCUGGUGAAGCUGAAAACAUGGAUAGAGAUAAUUUCGAAGAUGUUAAUAAGAUGGCUUAUGUUUUUGACGUGAGUUGGCUGAGUAAGACGAGUCUUAACUUCUUCAAAACAAAUGUUCUAAACUUUAAGAACAAUUCAUAUGAGGAGAUUUUGUUUGCCUGUGAGAUUGCAAGUCGUGCAUACUUCAACUUGAAACAGAGCAAGUUUGUGGGGCUAUUUGUCAGAAAUUUGACAUCCAGGAACAUAGGCAAAAGUGUAUUUCUACGGAAAUACAUGUCCAACUUUGCUGAGCUGUCAAAGCGUCAGAUAGACAUGUCAAUACAAAUAGCCGGGAGAGAAUUGAACAUUCUGUUUGAUUGUUUAGUGAGUUAUCUCACGUUUGGGUUGAAGUACACAGGAUUUGAUGAGAACUCUCUGUAUUUAUUCAAACAAGUAGAUAUGAGACUAUUUCAGCAAAGAUAUCCGGACCAGUUUGUUGAAGUAGUAGACCUGAUGACUGAACUGUCGGGAGGAUCUGAGAGUGGUAAAGUAAAAGAGUUGGUAGAAAAGGUGGUCAAGUUGAGGAGUGAAGGUGUAGCUGGUGGUUCUGAUGAGGUGCUAGAAGACAGUCAAUGUAGUGGAGAUUCAAAAGAUAGUGAUGAUGAAGAUGUACAGGAGAGUUGCAAAGACGUUGCUAUACAAACUGAUGAGUUUAAAACAGGUUGGAUGCAGAUUGUAAGUGGCAAAUUCUACCCUUUGUUACCAGACGAACCAGUACAGUUCAUAACAACAGAUAAUGAGUUACAGAAAGAUAUUGCUGUGUAUUAUAAUCUACCUGUAGAGGGUUGUACUGAUGAGAAGUGGUUUGGUAUGAUAUGUGAGAAUAAAGACACCAGUCUGUGGAGUUAUUGCAUUGCGGGAUGUACUGUACUUAGUUACAAUACACAGUACUUAGACAGUGUUCCACCUGACAAAGUAAAACACUGGAUUAUAACUAAAACUUGUACCCACCUAAAGGUUGUGUGUAACAAUGUGACAGUACUCAAUUUUAACUUUGCUACCGACUACUCACCAGGUUAUAAGACUGAUCACCAGAUAUGGUUGAGAAGGUGUACAGCUGUAAGAUUUAGAACAAAUUGCAAACAUGUACUUCUCUUAAAAGAGGUUGAUUGAGCCCUCGAUAGAACUCUUUUUUAAUGUUCUGUAUUUUACAUGCUAUUAUAUCUUGAUUGGAAGAAACGUCCCCUUUUUAGUCAUUUAUUAAUAUUAAAAAUGAUUUCCAAAAAUUAAAGACGUGUUAAUUGUAACCAGCUUGUGGAAUUUUAUACAGUAAUAUUAUAUAUUUUGUACCCAUUUUAUUGUAUUAUGGUUUUACUGUCGUAGCGUCUGAUUAAUACUAGAAUUUUUAAAUCAUCUAUAAUUAUUAAUCAUUCAUGUAAUUACCAUUGUUUAAUUACAUCACCAUUGUUUAAGUACAUCACUCCGCAGUCUAUGACCCGUUGAGAAAUUAAUUUACCGGUUUUACCUAUUAUUCAGGAUGUUGAACCUCCCGGAGCACAUUUGUCUAUUCCUCGUUGACACCAUCUCCUUUGUCUCUGUCUGUGUUAUUUUCCUGGCCCUCAAAAGCUCAUCUUCUCUCCCGGUUUAUUCCGUGGAGUUUGUAAGAGAUGAUGCUAAUUACAUG